AUGGCAAGCUAUGGCUCCAAUCCCACACCAAGUAGCAGCAGUGGACGGUAUGCAACAGUUGCAGAUGCUGCAGCGCAGCAAAACACUGAGGCGGUCCUGGAGAUGCUGGCGCAGGGCUAUAGAGUCGAUGGCCAGGACUCUGAUGGCAACACCGCCCUACACUGGAUAGCUUUUUUCAAGCUGGAUACUUUGCUCAGCCCAGUGUUGGAAAGACGUGCUCGCCCCGACAUCGUCAAUGACUCUGGCGAAUGUGCAGUGCACUGGGCCGCCAAGUCUUGCAAUGUCGCUGGCUUGGAUGCAAUGACGCGGGCCAAUCGGGCUCUGCUCUCGCUGGUGCGCUCUGCACUUUGCUGUGCCAAUCAGCUUGGAACUGCUUGUUUGCCCCGUCCAGUCGGAAGUAGCGCCAUGUAG